CAUUAAGCUUUCCAUCCACUUGAGACAAUCUGAAGGACAUAUGAAGUGUGUAGCUACUGAAUGAGUAGAAAUGUGGUGACCUCAGCACACUAUGUUGCCUUAUGCUGACCCAGCUCUCUGAUUGUACCUGUGCUACCACUUCGGGGCUGAGUUGCUGUCAUUGCCAGUUGCUUCCCAUUUGUCCUAAUACCAAUAACAGUUGACUAGUAAGGAAAAUUCACGAAUGUGCUUAAUCCACAGGUGAUAUCCUAUCACGAUCCCACACUGAAGUUCACUGAAACCCUGAUACUUGACCCCAUUCUGCCACAAAAGUUAGCCGUCUGCGUGCUCCAUUUUAUACGCCUGUGCUGCUAUGGAAGGGAUUGACAGGCCUGGAUUCAAUACUUUGACAAUAUAAUGUAUGUACAAACUAAUAACUAUAUGACUGUAGAUUUGUAAAUCUAACAGUGAAUGUCAAUUUCUAUUCCUUAACUCAUUUUUCAGGAUGAUCUACCAACCUGAAUGUCAGCACGAAGCAACACAAGCCAAAUGUAAACCUGCACUUACUGCAGAGUUAAUGUUGAAGACAUGAGGUAUGAACAGCAUCACGGUGGGAGUCCGGUCUAUGAAGCUUCCACGGGAGUGGUGCUGGUUCUGUUCGGGCUUCUGGGCUCAGUUAGAGGCUGUCCGACUCUCUGCACCUGCUACAGUAACACAACCGACUGCUCUGCUGUGGGGCUCGUCUCUCUGAUGCCCAUCCUAGAGCAGCUGAGCUUGGAUUCCAUGGUGCUCCAGCUUUCUCAGAACAACCUCUCGUCCUUGGGUAGCGGUGACAUGAUGAACCUCAGCAGUGUGGAACUCCUUGAUCUCUCCCAGAAUCAUUUUUCCAGCUUGCAACCUGGAGCUUUCCUUGGCCUGAGCAGCCUGCGCUGGUUAAAUCUCUCUUCAAACUACCUUGGCAUACGUGUAGCCGCCCCCGAUCUCCCCAACAGCACAGCGAUUGAUCAAGACUGGAAAGGAAGACUUGGGGGUGUUGGCUUAAGCAAAGAGGUCUUCCAGGGUUUGUGGCGGCUGCAGGGGCUUGAUCUGUCAUCUAAUGGCCUCCUAUUGCUGCCUAAGGGUCUGCUGGAUGGGCUUCAGAGUCUCACCUGGUUGUCCCUGGCCUGCAACCGGCUAGUGGCCCUGGACAGAGUUACAUUUGAGCCCCUGGUGAACCUCCAGCAGCUCCAGCUGGCUGGAAACCCCUGGGAGUGUGACUGCAAACUAAGGGAGUUCAAGCACUGGAUGGAGUGGUUAAUUUACAGGGAUGGGAAGGUAGAUGUGAUGCAGUGCAGUUUCCCCAGGAACCUGAAGGGCAGGGACAUCCGUAGCAUCCCAGCAGAGAUGUUCACCUACUGUCUGAGUCCAGCCAAGGAGGGUGCAUCGAAACCGGCCACCAGGCCUCCCUGCCCGCCUGGGCGGGUCAGCAGCAUGGACGAGUGUGUCCGUCAGCGACACAGGCCGGUCAGCGUACGCCGGGCCCACGGCACACAGAUAGUAGCGGGAGUGGUGUGUGGCACAGUGUGCACCAUGAUGGUCAUUGCAGCAACUUACGGCUGCGUCUAUGCGUCACUUAUGGCGAGGUACCAGAGAAAGAUGAAGAGCCGUGGGCAGCCUCUGAUAGCCAAGUCUGGAGCUGAGAGCGACCAGGAUGAUGGGCAAGCCUCAUCUCCUGACACAGCGGUGGCGCCUCCUAGAGAAGACUGUGACUUUGUGUACGGCUAUCGAAUCAGCAGCUUCUGACGCACUGUUGCAUCCUGAGACCCAUUAGCAUUGGCAGCUUUGCUCCUCGGCUGUCUGCAGAGAGGAACCCCACAGCUCUGCCACUGUGCUAAAACUCUUUGGGCAUGGUGUGAUCGCACAGCUGAUUUAGCAGAUUAGAUUAGGCGAAGCCGGGAAGCUGCAGCACAUUUGAGACGGAUAUGUGCUUUGCAUAUGAAAUCUAUCUAUGGCUGCUGAUUGGCACAUCUGCACCUUCAAGUGUUUUCAUUUGUUUUCCUUUUCCCUUGUCAAACCCUUUUUCUUUGACUGUGUGUCUUACGUCUGAGUACAAGCCUAAGAAGCACAACAAUACAAAUGAUAAAUCUCUCCCACUAACUGUGUCUGUUUCAUAUUUGUUGUUAAUUAAUGCAGAGUUCAGUAUUUUGCUUGUCACAUUUGCACAGCACAGACCAUGAUUAACUCCUGAUGUAGGGAUAAAUACAGCUUUGCGUUUUAACUCGCUCAGCUGCAUCUGAACAUUGCCAGACCUCUGGUGUCCCCUAGAGGAGAAGCUCUGAACUACAAAACCUUUUACAAAGUCAGAAUUGUAGCGACUGUAAUUUAAAAAAAUAAACUGAUGACAAAAACAUUCAAGACCGACAACCAGAAUAAUUUUAAAGCAGCAAGCAUUCUUGAUUUUGUUGUUUUUGUUAUCUCUAACUCAACUACACUGUUCCCUGAGCUGGGGAGAAUAAACUCCUCCUGUCUCAGCAGUCUUGUCUCCAAACACAGGUUCACACAGAGACAGGUUCAGUUUUUAGCACAACAGUUAGAACCUAAUUCCUUUCAUCUCUGUUAUAACC